AUGGAGGCCCAAAGAUCGUACCCAAGGAUCGUGCCGAAGGAUUACACGAAGACAGCAAUCUCCUUCGAACUGGUCCUUCGAUUUUUCCUCCAUCGAACCCUGCCGAACGGCAAGGCCGCUCUAAGGUUGGUGGGGACUCACAAUUCGAAACCUUGCCGAAGGAAACUUGCUAAAGCCAAGUCUGGUUCUGAAUGGGUAACGGCGCAAAGAAGAACUCCCUCUUUCCGAAAGCACUCGACUUCUCUCUCAAACACUAUUGUCAACCCUAGCCAAAGAUGGCCCUUACCAAAUUCUAGAAAGCCUUUGCCGAAGCCCAAUCUCCCCCAGCUUUUAAUUCUUGCUGAACCCACCUAA